AAAAGCGGUAGAUCGAUAUUGAAAAUGGAAGGAUCAGCGACGCGCACUGUGAUAACGUCUACCAGCAGCAGCACGGAACACUUUUCCAACUCUACUCUGAUUUACGACAGGCAGUUUCUUCGCACUACUUCGGGGCUUCUCGUUUCGCAGAAAUAGUAAGUAGUGUUUGGUCUGCUGGUAUGGAUGCUGAUAGCAGGGACGGAGUACUUCCGUGUGUCUGCCUUUGGGUGGGUCAUGUUUGUGGCCAUCUUGUACUGGGUCCUGACGGUCAUCUUCCUCAUCAUCUACCUGACCAUGGCUUACAACAGGAUCCCUCAGGUCCCCUGGACAACUGUGGGUCUGUUCUUCAACAGUAGUGCUACAGUGAUGUAUGUGGUGUUCUACAGGGCCUCAGCAGUAGAAACAGCCUCAAUCAGCCAUGCUGUUAAGGGACGCCAUAACUACAACUGCUGGGUGGCAUCCACAGCUUUUACCUUCCUGGUCACGCUCUGCUAUGCAGGAAGUACAUAUUUAGUUUUAAAUUCUGGCGCUCGAGGAUGA